AUGAAAGGUGGGGUACCCCUGACCAACAGCUUCCCCACCGAGCGUACCUUCCCCAGGAGCCAGAGCCCCAGUGGACCGACGGCCAAGAGCAAGAGCCUGCAUGCCACCCACGACGUCCACUUCGACACCAAAAUUCAUCGGACUACUGCUUCUAAGAAAGAGUGGCCCAUCAUGGCGUCCGCAGCAGCCAAAGGCGCGGUGCAAGAGCCACGCAGUCCGCCUGCGUCACGACCAUCGACAACCGACCCGAUCCUUCGCAACACCCUCCGCUACACGGUGUCGGCCGAUGAAUACGCCGCGCUUCACAAAUAUGUCAUCUCGCGAUCGCGGGCCCUGCGUCGGGCGACGCCCAGUCCGGCCAGUGUCGAGAAAGCACUCCGACCAAAGAAGGGCAAGGAUGACUACAAUGUUCGUGCCGUGAGGGAUGCACUACGGGUGUUUGUUGUGACCUGGCUGGGGAUGAAAGGCUGGGAUGCUGUCGCGAAGAGGUUCCAGGACUCAAAAGAGAAACCCCCGAAAGGCAAGACCCCUUUCUACAAGUCGCCAGCUUUGAGGCUGUCCCUCUCGCUCUCCUCGAUUCUGUUUCUUUACAGAAUCUUGUUCCGCUUCCUGAACCGCCUGCGGAGCCACCUUUCAACUGCCCAGGUCGAGCCCUUUCGACGACGAAAUCCGCGGGCAACAGCUACGCUCACCUCGCCGUACGCGCCGGCCGUGGGUGCAUCACUGGCAGGCCUGGCGUUAGGUGUCUACCCUUCAGCUCAGCUGCGCGUUUCCGUGGCAAUUCUUGCCAUGUUCCGUGCCCUAGAGUUUGGCUGGAACAUGUGCGAGGGCGAGGGGCUCGUAUGGGGAGUGAAGGGUGGUCGGUUGAGGGAGCGGCCUUGGUGGUUUGGCAGCUGGAUGUUGCAGCCAUUGGCAUUCGGCCAGCUGUUCCAUGCUACAGUCUUCGACCCUGAAUGCGUGCCAGCGGUAUUCAAGAACUUCCUGUACAACAACACCACAGCGUACCUGCACAGUCGGCCAAUUGACUGGCCAGCUCAUCUCAAAUGGCCCAGCAUCAUUCAGGUGUUUGAGAAUAUCGCUGAGAUGGCGAAGCUUAACUGGCCCGCCUACAUCUCUCCAACCCUGUUCCCUAACAAAAUCGAUGUCCUGCCGCCGACAUUGACGGGAGUCUCUCCCCUGACAUCGCGAGCUCACCCACUGAUCACAUCUCUCUCGUGCGCAACUCUUCAUCCCACCGACCCGUCAUGCGCCCGAACUUACCUCACGUUCUGGAUCAACUCAUUUCCCCCAUUGACACGACUGUUCCUCAUCGCAUUUUCAGCUCUCAAAGUGCUACCUCGCCUGAAGAGCUUCUACCACUCACCUCUGGCCACCCUUCACACGGUCAUCUCGGCAUCACUUCGAAUGUCCACAUUCCUCACGGGUGCCAUGUCCACCGCCUGGGCUUCCAUUUGCUUCUUCCAGAACUUUCUCCCGCGCCACGUGCUGUCCACCCAACGCUUCUUCCUCGGUGGUUUCUUCGCUGGUCUCUGGGCGUGGGUCGAGCGUCGUCACGGUCGAAGCGCAUUCCUCUACACGGCGCGGAUGAGCGUCGACAGUCUUUGGAAAGUAGGCGUCAAGCGUCGCUGGUGGAAGGCCAUGCGCGGAGGCGAUGUCUGGGUGUUUGUGCUGGCACUCAUGGUCACUGGUGUCGUGUAUGAGCGGGAUGCCAAAGCAAUUCGCGAGGCGCAGUGGCGCAAGGGCUUGAGCUUUGUGCGCGGCCAGACAUGGAGGGACUGGAGUGUUGAAGACGAGAACGAAGAUGUGGAGGGAAAGGAAGAGUAA